AAAAUGAGGCUUUGACCUCUCUUUUAAGUGCGAUACAUAGUUGUUUGAUCCAAUUGAUAUUGAGCUAGAUGCCGUCCGCCUCAAAUAAUUUUGCAGAUCAGCGCUCACACUCACAUCAGAUCCCCACAUUCAUACCCCUGGAAUGGUAAUCGGAAUCCUUGCUGAUUUCAUGAAACCCUACCAAUUAAGGUUGCUUUCGCAUUUAACCCCAAUCUCCGAACAGGCUAAUAGAUAUCUCACGAUCGAUGCAAGAAUUCCAAUUCCACUUUGUGUGUGACGACACGGCUCCUAUAUCCAGCUGUAUACAACAUGGCAUCGAAACCAGAGACAGCGGAAAAUGCAGCCGAGAAUAGUGGCCAUGCCCAUGCUGGUGAUACCGAACAUUCGCCGGAGAGGACGAUACCGGAGGACGAUCUGGGGGAGAUAAGUGAUGGGGACGGUCUCAUAAGCAUUGAUAGUCAAGACGACGAUUCUGCGAUAGGAGACUUGACGCUUCCACGGUCCACGAUUUCCGUACGAUCGAGUGUGUAUGACUAUGUCGAGGAGGAUGGCCGGACAUAUCACAGAUACAAAGAAGGCAGUUAUGUGAUGCCCAACGACGAGAGAGAGCAAGAACGAUUGGAUAUGCAACAUCAUCUUUGGCACAUGACUUUACAUGACGAGCUUUUUCUUGCACCCAUCGUAGAGAAUCCCCAGCAUGUGCUUGAUAUCGGGACUGGGACUGGAAUCUGGGCCAUUGAUUUUGCAAACAAAUAUCCUUCAGCGCAAGUCAUUGGUAGUGAUUUGAGUCCAAUACAGCCGGAAUUUGUUCCGCCGAACUGCCAGUUUGAGGUUGAGGAUGCGGAAGACGAAUGGACAUACUCUCAAAAGUUCGAUUUUAUACAUGGUAGACUUAUGGUAAGCUGUUUUAAAGAUCCGAAGUAUGUCUUUGAACAGGCAUUCAAAAGUCUUGCUCCGGGCGGCUAUUUUGAAAUGCAAGAUACCGAUUUUCCCAUGAAAAGUGUCGACGAUACUUUGGUUGGAACUGAUUUAUGGAGCUGGAAUCAGUACAUCAUUGAAGGUUCUGCCAAGGCUGGACGUCCAUGGACUCGUGUCAAAGAGUACAAAAAGUGGAUGCAGGAAAUCGGAUUUAUUGAUGUGGAGGAAAAGGUUCUGAAGUGGCCCCUCAAUACUUGGCCACGCGACAAGCAUUUGAAGACGUUGGGGCUUUGGUUCUGCCAUGAUUUAUGUGAGGGAUUGAGUUCGACGCGAGCUGUGUUGACGAGGGGCCUGGGAUGGUCAGUGGACAAAGCAGAAGCGUUUUUGGUUAAUGUCAGGAAGGAUGUCAGGGACCGUAACGUGCAUGCUUAUGUUGAACUGCGAAUUGUAUAUGGUCGGAAGCCUCCUUGUACUUAAAUCCUAUUUCUGAGCAGAUCGAUGAUAUGGUUCUAUCCGAUAAAUGCAAUGUUCCAUGUGGGUGAUUCACGAAACUAAUAUCAACUUUUGUUCGAGUUUUGAUAAGAGAUGUCAAUCCUGCUGCUUUGACACAUUUGUUUCGUCGAAGAGGAAGGGAUAACAGACUGCUAGCAUGGUUCUUGAAUGACCACAAGAAGUAAAAAGGAGAACUAUGUCCGAACUUCGAAGUAAGUCAAAGCAAAAGGGGAGGCAAGCUACUUCUGGUGGUGGUAAGCUAGUAGCUGCGGCCAGCGAUGCACCUGGGAACUUCGCAUCUAAUCCAGCAUUCAAGCACCAAGAAUCAUUCAGCGAUUGUUCGUCAAAUUCGAAAGGUAGUCAGAGCUCGGGGCCAACAGCCGACUGCUUUUCCCUGCACCAAACUCUACAUGUCCAAGCACUUCCCCCACCCCUCAACCAUCCGACGAGGCAAAAUUUCAGUUAGGCCCUCAGCCUACACCUCCAACAGCUGCUCAAUCGAGAUCGCCAAGACUUCUAGCGCUCAAGUUACCACUUUUUCCAGCAAUCCGAUCAAAGAGAGCUCUCUCCUUCAGAGGCUCAGCAGUUCAUCGACCCACUGGUCGUGGCUCAGCGGAGCCUGAGGACAACGAUCGGUGCUCUUUACAAAGACUUCCCAGCGGCAAGAGCCUCAACCGCGCCACUUCUUUCUACAGAAAUAUCUAAAGGAGAGUUUCGUUUGAUACAUCUCCAAAAAUGCCUCACCAAGCCUUGUGGGGCUUUGCUCAGCCGCGCUUGUCACGUAGAGAGAGAUUGACCGCGACGGAGCGGCGGAAGCUCCUGACUUGGACAUGGAAGGAGGCCAGCAAAACCUCGCAUGAGGAAGAACGUGCUGUUUCUCCAGGAAAAACGAGGUACGAAUGCUGACCAUGAGGCUCUUGGAAAGUCUUGAUUGACAUGUCGGCGACUUGAGUAAGUACGUUCAGGUCUCGUCUUUCGGUUACUGGUGUAUCAGGGAUCACUUGGAACUAGAAGAGUCUCAGAAUAAUUAAGAAAAACCAUUCCCUUAUUAAUCAGUAGCAUGGCAUGAUAAUAUUCAGAUCAUGGCGAAGCUGGUAGCGGGACAUCUGCCCUUUUUUUGAUAGCG